AUGGUAACAAUAAUCGAAGCAGAGGAACCGACUACGCCACCUCCUUUCUGUCGCUUUAAGCAUAUCGAUAUACCGUAUCCGAGUCGACCAGCAAUAAUAGAUCUUUGGAAGACAGAAUUUGGACCCGGUUUUGGACUAAGCAAGAGAAUUCGAUUUACUGGUGUAUAUACUAAUACAAGUGAACGUUUUAUCAUUAAUUUGUAUAGUGAUGGAGUACCAGGUGAGACUGCGCUAACUAUAUUUCACUUUAAUCCACGGUUUGAUGAAAGGCAGGUAGUUCGAAACUGGUGGUCACCAACCAAUGGUUGGUGGAUAGAGCAACGUUCUGGAGGAUUUCCUUUCAAAAUUGGAGAACCUUUCGUUCUGGAUUUUAUUUCGGCAUCAAAAAAUGGAUUCAUUGUUCAUAUUGAUGGAAAGGAAUUUCUACAUUAUUACCUAAAGGAUUUACCUAGAUUGAGCCUAGUGGAGGUAUCUUCGGCAGUUGAGCUUAGCUCUGUGCAAUUAUGUUAUAGAGAACCAUUCUGUCCUGGACGCUUUAUUUUAACGGAUUUGACAGUACCGGCAGUAAUCGACUUUAAGAAGCUCGGAUUUGGAACAGGCUUUGCACCACCAAAGCGCAUUAUAAUUCUUGGGACACCUCUAGCACAACCUGAAAGUUUUAGCAUUAACAUUGGUGAACCUGGCCAAUUGUUUGUAGAUGCUAAUGUGCUAUUCCGCUUCAGUCUACUUUUUAAUGAAACACAGUUUAUGUUAAACACAUGGAUUGUAGGCAAAGGAUGGGAACAAGAAUAUCGUUAUCGUCCUAAAGGCUUUCCCUUUAAAGUUGGAGAGUCACUUUUUUUGGAAAUACGUCCAUCAUCAAAUAAUUGGAUACAUGUAGUUAAUUCUUUACAAUAA